AUGCCUUCGUUCCUGAAGGAGUUCCGCCGGAGGUCAAAGGCGAGCUUCAAGACGGACAAGACGAGCUCUGGAAACGACGGCCAUUCACACUCUAGCAGCAAUGACUCGCGCUCGCAAGAUGGAACCACCGCCGAAGCCGCUCCUGAAAUGCCCCGAAACAAGUCGUCCUCGACACUAAACUCGGUCUUCGGAGGAAAGUCUCCGCCCAUGCCUGCUGGCUCACCUCUCCUUCCCUCUCUCCCCUCCGUUUCGGGCUCCAACACAAACCUCGCCGCCAUGAACGGCAACAAGNACUCCCCACUCGGCUCCCGACCAGGCCCGUCGAACAACAGUAGCAGUCGCUACAGCAUCGUCGUGAGUAGAUAUGCAUGCGUCUCGGCCACAGAGUACUAA